AUGGCUGAAAAAGAAGCAACAAUUUAUAUUGUGGAUGUUGGAAAGUCCAUGGGCGAGCGCCAUCAUGGCCGCCCUAUAACUGAUCUCGAGUGGACAAUGCAGUAUGUCUGGGACAAGAUCACUGCGACGGUGGCUACGGGUCGCAAGACUGCAAAUAUUGGUGUAAUUGGACUCAGAACAGAUGGCACUUCCAACGAGCAAGGAGAAUAUGAUGAUAACUAUUCCAACAUUUCAGUUCUGUUCGAGCUUGGCCAGGUUCUCAUGCCUGACAUUCGGAAAUUACGGGAAUUGAUCAAACCCAGCAAUACCAAUCGCGGCGAUGCUAUCUCUGCUAUUAUUGUUGCUAUCCCUAUGAUCGAGGCAUUCACCAAGAAACUCAAAUUCAAGCGCAAGAUCAUUCUCGUAACCAAUGGCACCGGUAUGAUGAGUGAUGACAAUAUCCAGGAUGUGGCCGAAAAGUUGGACGAGCUCAAUAUUGAGUUAUUGGUGCUUGGGGCCGACUUUGAUGACCCUGUAUAUGGCGUGAAAGAGGAAGACAAAAGCACGGAGAAGGCGGCAAACGAAGAGAUUUUCCGUUCUCUAACAAAAGCCCUUCCAAAUGAGCGUGGUGUGUUUGGAACACUAGACCAAGCCGUUUCAGAACUCGACAUUCCCCGUGUCAAAUCAACCAAGAGUGCGGCAACGUUCAGAGGCAUGCUCAUGCUUGGUAACCCCAACGAAUACGAUACGGCAAUGCGCAUUCCAGUGGAACGAUACUUCCGAACUGCUGUCGCUAAGCCGACUUCAGCGAGUUCGUUCGUGGUACGCUCCAGUGAAGCCAGGCAAAAUUCUGUUCCUGGUAGUCAAGCUCCGGGUGCGAAUGACUCUCUCACUUUGGUUCGGACAUCGCGGACAUAUCAAAUCUCGGACGAAACCGCACCAGGAGGAAAGAUCGAUGUUGAACGCGAUGAUCUGGCAAAGGGUUACGAGUAUGGACGUACAGCAGUGGCAAUUGCUGAAGCUGACGAAAGUGUUACAAACCUGGAAACUUUUGCUGGGCUGGACCUGAUCGGGUUCGUUCACGAGGACAAAUAUGACCGGUAUUUGCACAUGUCCAACACCAACGUUAUUAUUCCAGAGCGAGCAAAUGAUAACGCAUCUCUUGCGCUAUCUUCUUUUGUUCAUGCCCUUUAUCAGGCCGAAUCCUAUGCAGUCGCUCGACUCGUGACCAAAGAGUCCAAGCCUCCAAUGAUUGUUCUGCUGGCCCCCUUAAUCGAACCAGACUACGAAUGUUUGAUCGAAGUACAGCUUCCAUUUGCGGAAGAUGUCCGUUCAUACAGAUUCCCGCCUCUAGAUAAAAUCUUGACUGUGUCGGGCAAAGUUGUGACCGAGCACCGCAACCUCCCAAGCGCCUCGUUGAAAGAUGCCAUGAGUGACUACGUAGACAGCAUGGAUCUGGACAUCAAGGAUGAGGAAGGAGAUAUCGUCGAGGGUCUCCCAAUCGAUGAGUCCUUCUCCCCAUUACUCCACCGUCUCGACUCAGCCAUCCGAUAUCGCGCAGUCCACCCCGACGAUCCAAUCCUCGAGCCUGCAGAAAGGCUCACUGAAUUCUCCCAUCCCUCAGAAGACAGCAUCAACAAAUCCAAAUCCUACCUGGAGAAGUUGAUAUCCACAGCAGACGUAAAGAAAGUCCCACCAAAAACCAAAGGUCGCAAGCGCCAGCGCGAAACCGAAAAACCCCUCUCGGGCCUAGAUGUCGACGCCCUGCUAAGCCUCGAACCGAAGCGGUCCAAGAUCUCUACCGAAAACGCAAUCCCAGAAUUUAAACAGGCGCUUUCACGAGCGGAAAAUGUAGACACCAUACACGACGUCGUACAGCAAAUGGGACGGAUUAUCGAGUCUCAGAUAACGCAAAGUCUCGCUCAUUCGAACUACGACCGUGUCAUUGAGGGUCUUAGGACCAUGCGUGAGGAAUUGAUCGAGUAUGAAGAGCCGGUUGCGUACAAUGAUUUGUUGCGCGUGCUUAAGGGGAAAUUGGAGAGAGAGGAGCUUGGUGGAGAUCGAAAGGAGCUGUGGUGGUUUGUGAGGAAGGGGAAGCUUGGACUUAUUGAGAAUAAGGAAGUGGAGAGCUCGGUGGUCGGCGAUGAUGAGGCUCGCGAGUUUCUCGCGCCGUAUUGA